AUGAGGAUUUCCUCGGCACUUCAAAUUGCCGUGUCCGCAGCGAAGUGGAGUCAAAAAACUGGAUUCGGACCAAACCGAUUAUACCGAAAAGGAGUGCACUUUGUUGGAACAGAGCCGCCAGCUUUGAAAUAUCAUUUACUGCAAGACAAAAAGCCGAACGAGCCGUAUGGUUUGCAAGGAGAAAACCACAAGCUUCCCGGAACUGGAAAAAUUCAUAGCAAACUUCCAACUAAGGUUCAUAUGAAAAAAGACAAAGUAUAUGCAUGGUGCAGUUGCGGUUAUAGUGGUAGUCAACCAUUAUGCGAUGGAUCGCAUAAUUCAAUCCGAAUUCCCGAUCUCAAACUCAAACCGGUUCGUUUCAUUCCUGAAAAGGACACAACUGUAUGGCUCUGUAAUUGCAAACAAUCUAAGAACAGACCGUUCUGCGACGGGUCCCACAAGAAUAUCGCCGAUGAGGACAAAAAAGCGGGGCUUUUCGACUAA